AUUUGGAAACAUGAAUAGCAAAUGAUCAUUAUGGUAUCAGUUUAAGAUGUAUAUAGGGCCAAGCAGGGAGGGACAGACACACAGAAGGAGAGAGAGCUGGAGAGAGCAAGAUAGAUGGAGCGAGACAGAGUUUCCUACAAACAACAGAUGUAAUGGUACAUUUUCAAACCUCUUGGAACACAACUCUAAACUGAGUGUAGGAGUCUCUGUUCAAUACUUUAAUCAUAUUUCCUUUGAAUUUCACACUGAUGGAAACUUCUUUGUACCUCACCCUCCUAAUCUCAGGAUUCUACACACCUUCCUCAUGUCUUCAUCAGUAUCACCUCAUUACCAACUAUAUGAACUGGACUGAUGCCCAGAGUUACUGCAGAGAGAAAUAUACUGAUCUGGCUACAGUAGAUGACAUGGAGGACCUGAACAGGCUGAUUACCAGUGGCAGUGUUUAUGAUUGGUUCUGGAUCGGACUGAAGAAGGGAGACUCCUUGAAGUGGCACUGGUCUCUGGCAGACAGAUGUUUCUACAGAGAGGGGGAGACUGAGUUCAGAAACUGGGACACAGGGAUGCCACAAAAUGGCAACUGUGCUUUCAUGAGUACAGCUGGGCUGUGGAACAACACCUCCUGUGAUGACCAGCAUCACUUCAUCUGUUAUGAUGGAAAACAAGACACCAACCUGACAUAUGUCUUAAUUCAGGAGAACAAGACCUGGAGAGAUGCUCAGAGUUACUGCAGACAGCAUCACACAGACCUGGUCAGUGUGAGGAACCAGACUGAGAACACAGAGAUAGAUCAGAAGAUAUCACUGAGGGGACUUCCUGUGUGGAUCGGUCUGUUUCUAGACUCCUGGAUAUGGUCAGACCAGAGUGACUCCUCAUUCAGAAACUGGUGGCCAGUAAGGCAUUCAACAGAUCAGAGAUACAACUGUACUUGGAUGUCUACUGAUCCCUCUACUUAUUAUACUAAAUGGAUAAGUAGUCCCUGUGACAACUACGAGCCUUUCAUCUGCCAUGGCCCAGCUGUGGAGACCACGACUGGCCCGCUGCCCACAUCAACAAACACAAGCACGACUUUCUCACCAACCACACCCACAAUCACAAUAAUGACCAAGACUGAAGAAACAGGUGGAAGAGACUCUGAAGAGACUCUUCAACUGAAGAGACAGGUGGUGAGAGUGAAGAUGACACAAAGAGAUCAACAUCUGAACCUCAGAGAUCCUUCUGUUCAGGACGCCAUCUUACAAGAGAUAAGGAACAAGCUGAAGGAUCAGGGGUUACCUGCAGACACCAAAGUGACAUGGAAAAAGCAGCCUGAUGGGAAGGUCUUCCACAAGGAGGAAGAGGAGUCUCCUAAUAAAGAAGAGGAGGAGAAGAAGAUGAAGAAGAUGACAAAGAGAGAACUCUAAUUAUGUUAAAUGUUCUCCUAACAUUUCUCUUUAUAUUUACAUUAAUAAUCUGUACUGGUCGAGAUUGUCCCAGUUUAACUGAAACAGGUCUUUAUCUGAGAUACAGAAUAUUGUUUUAUCAUAUAUUAAUUUUGUUUUACUCUAUAUUAAUACUGUUGUAUCAUCUAUUCAUAGUUGUAUAAUAUAUUAAUAUUGUUUUACAAUAGUAUGUGAUUUUAAGUUUCAAAUCUUUAACAUCAAUCAUUGUUUGAAUCUCUUUUGUUAGUUUAUAUAUUAGAACCUAGUUUUUCUUCAACUGUAGACUUGAUGGUUCAUUUGGAAUGUUAAUAAAUAACAUGAUGUGUGGUAGUGAGA